CGCAGGAUGCCGUUCCUCACUCGGCCAGAGGACGGGACCCGGUGAGGAGCUGCCGCCGCUCGUUUACCCCUCUCCUGUCGUCACCCCCAUCGUUGCUGUUUAGUUGCCUCUUUAUUCGUUCCGUUACACGGUUAGCCAGUCCCAGUCAUGUAUCGGUAUUUCGGGGAGCUGCUGAGCCGCUCUGCGGGUAGUGCCCUGGCCUCGGGCUGCGUGGACUCCGCUCUCCCGGCGUCCUCGUCCCUGAUGCGGGUCCGUCGCUAUGCCGGUGCGGCUGACCAACCCGACGACCCCAACUUCUUCAGGAUGGUCGAGGGCUUCUUCGACCGCGGCGCAUCCAUCGUGGAGGACAAGCUGGUGGAAGACCUGAGGACCAGGGAGAGCCCCGAGCAGAAGAGGAACCGUGUGCGGGGCAUCCUGCGCAUCAUCAAGCCCUGCAACCACGUCCUGAGCGUGUCUUUCCCCAUCAAGAGGGAUAACGGAGAGUGGGAGGUGGUGGAGGGCUACCGGGCCCAGCACAGCCAGCACAGGACGCCCUGCAAAGGCGGUAUCCGUUACAGUACAGAUGUGUCUGUAGAUGAGGUGAAAGCUCUGGCCUCUCUGAUGACCUACAAGUGUGCUGUUGUUGAUGUGCCAUUUGGGGGAGCCAAAGCUGGAGUCAAGAUCAACCCCAGGAAUUACUCUGAUAAUGAGCUGGAGAAGAUUACCAGGAGAUUCACUAUUGAGCUGGCCAAGAAGGGUUUCAUUGGACCUGGCAUCGACGUCCCUGCUCCAGACAUGAGCACAGGAGAGAGGGAAAUGUCCUGGAUCGCCGACACAUAUGCCAACACCAUUGCACACACUGACAUCAACGCCCAUGCCUGUGUGACAGGAAAGCCCAUCAGCCAGGGAGGAAUCCACGGACGUAUCUCAGCCACUGGUCGCGGAGUUUUCCACGGCAUCGAGAACUUCAUUAAUGAGGCGUCUUAUAUGAGCAUGCUGGGCUUGACUCCAGGCUUCCAGGACAAGACCUUCAUCAUCCAGGGCUUUGGUAAUGUGGGUCUCCACUCCAUGAGGUACCUGCACAGGUUUGGGGCCAAGUGUGUGGGCAUUGGAGAGAUUGAUGGAGCCAUCUACAACCCAGACGGCAUCGACCCCAAACAGCUGGAGGACUACAAACUGCAACACGGCACCAUCGUGGGCUUCCCAGGAGCCAAACCCUAUGAAGGCAACAUUUUGGAAGCUGACUGUCACAUCCUGAUCCCUGCCGCCGGAGAGAAGCAGCUGACACGUAACAACGCCCCCAGGAUCAAGGCUAAGAUCAUUGCUGAGGGUGCCAAUGGUCCCACCACCCCAGAUGCAGACAAGAUCUUCCUGGAGAACAACGUCAUGGUUAUUCCUGACAUGUACCUGAACGCUGGUGGUGUGACAGUAUCUUAUUUCGAGUGGCUGAAGAAUCUCAACCAUGUCAGCUAUGGAAGACUGACCUUCAAAUAUGAGAGAGACUCAAACUACCACCUGCUCAUGUCUGUGCAGGAGAGCUUAGAGAGGAAGUUUGGCAAACAGGGCGGACCCAUCCCCAUCGUACCUACUGCUGACUUCCAGGCCAGAGUUGCUGGUGCCUCUGAGAAGGACAUUGUUCACUCUGGGUUGGCCUACACCAUGGAGAGAUCUGCCAGGCAAAUCAUGCGCACAGCGAGCAAGUACAACCUGGGUCUGGACCUGCGGACGGCCGCCUACGUCAACGCCAUCGAGAAGGUCUUCAAAGUCUACAACGAGGCUGGACUCACCUUCACAUAAACGUCCAAUCCGGAGCCACACUUUGCUCCCUUCCUCCAGCCCUCCUGCUAUUGAUCCCCCUCUCCCGCCUCCCUCCACCUCCUAGAAACAGCCUUCAGAACAUAUCACUGUUUACUGCAGCUCGUUGGCUCUUUCACGCGCACACAUGCAGCGACACGUCGGCUAGCCCGCUGUUUAUCCUGUGGUCUCUGUGCUGCCAUCACAUCUCUGUUUAGAUAUCCGCCCUGUUCUAGUUGUUGCCUGAGAUAAAACAGAGCUCCAUCAGCAGAGGGAAUAAAAGAACCUGUCCCUCCACUACGUUAAUGAUCUUGUUGUACGGCAGCCGUGUCCUCGCCUCUUUUUGCGGUCGCUGAAUGCAUGUGUUGCAUUUGUUUCAGUUGACAGCACUACAGAUGCCUUAUUUCAGAAAGAGGUCUGCUCUGAAAAGGAGAUGACCACUUCAGUCUAGCACUUAUUAAAAGGGAUUUAGAAUUAACUUCAUGUGAAUAUAAGAGAAUUUUAUUGCUCUUCAGUUUGUCUUCUCACUCUUAAGGUGUAAAGAUUAGUGUUGAAGUUGCCUAGUUUUUGAAUUCCCAAGAAGAACUUUCUUUUUUUCCCAUAGUUGGUGUUUUUACUGUUCAGGAUUCAGUGGAUGCUCUCGUAGUCAUCGCCCCCUCUGUCGUUUUAUUUUAUUCUCCUCCCUUCUUGUCACUUUGUCCUAAACGCAGCUUCUCCCCGACUCCUGCGCUGGCCAAGAAAGAGGAGCAGGGACGGGGCGAGGUGUCACUGUGAUCGCCCAAACCCUGGUUGAAUUUUCCUCAGUUGUAACCGUCCAGUUUCUCAGCAUUGAAAUUACUUUGGAGGAAAUUACUUUCUAUUUUUAUUCUAUUCCUUUUUUUUGGAAACCAAUAAAAUGUUCAGAAGAUACAAAA